AUGCGGGUCAAUGCGGCACGGGUUUGGGAAGAUGCUGAUUACAUGAAAGUUAAGAAUACAUGUGAUAAUAAUGUCGGAUGGACCGAGGUUUAUAAUAAAAAAAAUGUCAAAGUAUGGACGCAAACCAUUCCAAAUAGCACAUUCCAAAUGGUGAAAGCUUUUGCACAAUUUGAUGAUGUGCCCUGUCACGUAGCUUUCGAUGUUCUCCAAGAUUCUGUUUAUAGAGGAAAAUGGGAUAAAUAUAUGGCUGCACAAAAAGAUAUUGGAAUUAUUAAUCCAAACAAUGACAUUGGCUAUUAUGCUGUCAAUUCCAUUCCUCCUAUAAGACCGAGAGAUUUCGUUAUGCAACGCUCAUGGCUAGAUAUGGGUGAUGAACAGCUGAUUUGUAGUCAUUCUGUCUGCCACGAAGAUUUUCCUCCUAAUAAGGCUUACAUACGGGGAACAGUGCUUCUUUCGGGCUACUUCAUACGCCGAGCUGGUGAUGGCUGCCAAAUAACAUAUAUCAGCCACUCAGAUCCAAAAGGCAAACUGCCAACUUGGCUUGUGAAUAGAGUGACUAAGGUCAUAACACCUAAAAUGGUCAAAAAGUUACACAAAGCCUGCCUGGGCUAUACAGAAUGGAAGGAGCAGCAUCAGCCUCAUUGGAAACCAUGGAGGUUCCCAGAGCAACAAAUUGAUAUGGCACGUAUAGAUUUAGUAAAAUGCCAACCAAAGGAAUAUAAUCAAGAAGUAAUUGAUGAAUCCACAAUAUCCAGCGCUAAGGAAGUUAAGGAAGUUGAUGAUGACGACGGACUAUGA